GAGUGAGCAUGGCGACUGCCACCUUAGUAACGGACCACACGACUAGCGAAUACACCACCGUUGAUGAUCCGAUUGACAAACAAAAAGUCAAACGAUCGGGAGAUAAUGUGAGCAAACAAGAUGUAGAACUCGUAGUCAAGCGCGUCUUCGGACCUUCAACGAGACUAGUUGAUCACCACCUAAGAUCUUAUUCAAUGGAAAAAAUCGGUUUCAUGGGAACUCACCAGCAACUCAUUGUUACGGUCGAGCGAGAAAACGGCCACAAGGAGGUAUGCACCUUUUUUUUGAAAGGCAUACCUUACGAGCUGGAGGAGCAAGCGUCCGUCAUCGAGGAGAGCCGAGCCUUCUACAAGGAAGCCCAUUUUUACGAGUACAUGGUGCCCGAACUGGUAAAAAGCAUCAAAGACGCGUCGUGGGUGCCACGGUGCUACCUCAUCAAGGACAACGUUCUACUGAUGGAGGAUCUCAAGUCGAUGAACUUCGUCAUGAGGGACAAGCCCUUGGACACAGCAACGUUGAAGUCCGCCCUGACGGCGCUGGGGAAGAUGCACGCGGCAUCGGUGCUGGCCGAGAAACGAAUGGGCAAGAGCUUUUUCGAGCUGUACCCGGACGUGUUCACCGAGAUGCUUUUCGCGGAGAAGGGCAGGCUGCACAACUUGUGGUUCAAAAACGGGAUUCAAGCGGCCGCUACCGUGGCCAAGAGCCUGGGCUUGGACCACACCUGCGUGCCCAAGGUGUGCCAAAAGAUUUUCGAGGCUCUAGUGGCUUCGAAAAAGUGGCGGAACGUCGUUUGCCACGGCGACCAGUGGUCCAACAAUUUGUUGUUCGACGAGUCCCAGCCCCUUCCGCGUUGCCGGUUGGUAGAUUUCCAGACGAUACGCUACGUGCCUCCAACCGCGGACUUGGCGCAAUUGUUUUACUUGACUAUGGAAAAAACGGUUCGCGAGGCAAACGAAGAGGGACUCUUGGGGCACUACCACCAAGUCUUUUGCGCGACACUGAUGGCGAACGACGAGGAGGUGAGUAGGCCUUCGUUCGAAGAAAUUGUCCGCGAAUACGAGGACAUGAGGAUCUUUGGGGUCGUGUCUUCGGUCGUUUAUUGCCCGGUUAUACUUUUGGACAGCAGUUUAUGCGCGGAAUGGACCAAGGAUUCGGACAAUUACAUCAAGUUCAUGUUCAUGGACCGCUCGGAUGUGAUUUUGGAUUACAUGCAACGUAACUCGGUGUACAAAAAAAUUGUCUCGGAAAGCAUUGGGGAGUUAAUUCAAAGGUCGAAAAAGUUGCUGGAACAAAAAUUUGUGUAGCUGUAUGUGUUUAAUGGCAAACUAAUCGCUUGCGUUUGCGAAGCAUUGUCUUAUGCUGUUAAGUUUUGUUAAUCGCUGCGCUGUAAAAAAGUAUUGAGGAAAAAAUUAUUUCCUCACAAUUAUUUGCAAGAUAAACAAAAUCAACUCCUUGCCAUUGAGUAUUAAAGAAAACACUGUGAAUCUGAAUUAAAUUUUAUUAUCAAUGUUAUUUUGAGUAAUUUGGUAAAAACAAUAUUUAAUUAGGAAUUACACUUUUCGUAUCCCAUCAUUGUUAAAAUUUUAUUAAUAUCUUCGGUUAAAAGUUGCAAUUAAAACUAACUGCGCAGGUACUUAUAAAAUGUUCUUAUCAGUUUCCAAAUAGAUAACGCACAGCAAGGAAUAUUUUUAGAUCUUGAAUUAGUUGUAAAUAAACAAUCGGAUAAAUUUAUGACUAAUCUACAUAUCGACAGAUCAAAAAGUGCAGAUUAAAUUAUAGGGUUUUAUAAGACCGCUUUUAUAUAAUUUAGUAACAUUUUCAAA